GCGGGGCCGGGCCAGCGCCGGUCACAUGGCGGGGAGCGGCGGCGGCGGCAGCCAGCGGAGCGGGGGGGCCGGGGCGGCAGCAUGGCCCUAGAGGACCCGUUCUCUGCCGUGCGGGGGGAGGUGCAGAAGGCGGUGAACACGGCCCGGGGGCUCUACGAGCGCUGGUGUGAGCUGCUGCGGGAGACGCAUGUCGUCAGCACGGAGGAGUUCGACUGGACCACCAAUGAGCUGCGCAACAGCCUGCGGAGCAUCGAGUGGGACCUGGAGGAUCUGGAGGAGACCAUUGGCAUUGUGGAGGCGAACCCUCGCAAGUUCAGGAUCGAAGCCAGCGAGCUGACGGAGAGACGGGCCUUCGUGAGGCAGAUGCGGGACUCUGUCAAGGAGAUGCGGGAUCACAUAUCCAGCCCGUCAGCCCUGGCCUUCGCCGAGCGGAAAAACAGAGAGAUGCUGAUUGGCGGGGGGGCCAGCCAGAAGCCCCCCCCGGAGCAGUACGGCCAGCUGCGGGAGGAGCUGGUGUCAGCCAAUUCCCGCUAUAUUGAGGAACAGCAACUGCACCAGCAGCUGAUCAUAGACCAGCAGGACGAGCAGCUGGAGCUGGUGUCGGGGAGCAUCCGGGUCUUGAAGCACAUGUCGGGCCGGGUCGGGGACGAGCUGGACGAGCAGAGCUUGAUGCUGGAGGAAUUUGCCCAGGAGAUGGAUAGCACCCAGUCCCACAUGGAUGGCAUGCUGAAGAAGAUGGCCAAGGUCUCCCACAUGACCAGCGACCGGCGCCAGUGGUGUGUGAUCGGCAUUCUGCUUGUUCUCCUCAUCGUGGUGCUUAUCCUCUUCUUCACUCUGUAAUCGACUGGCCAGGACUGCGGGGGGGGCACCACUCUCCUGACCAGCACCCCCCUCUCCAUGCACAUGCCUCCAUCAUUGCUUGGCAAGCAGCCCAGGAGCUGCCCUGCUGGAGCACAGCCCACCCCAGUGCCUUUCUCUGACCCUUGGGGCUGGCACCUAUGGUAAAGAAAAGGCACCUCCAGGUACCAGGGGAGAUUCCUGCUGGGAAUCUGAUUCAGGUCUCCCCUCCUCCCCCCCCACCUCCAGCCUUUGCUUCCACAUUGGGGGCUUGCAGUCGGGUACAGGGCUGGGGGUGUCCUCAGCCUGUAGGGGGCAGUAGUAACAUGCUGGAAUGGGGGGCACUUCUGAUCUCUCCACAGAUUUGGGAGGGAGGGGAAGCUAGUUCAUUGGUACCUGCAAAGCCAGGAGGGGAAAGGAGAAGCAGCUUGCCCAUCCCAUGUUCCAGGACGGGACAGGGCAGCACAGCCUGUGCCCCCAGGGGGCGCUGUCUUAUCAUUCCAGCAUCCUGCCGCCUGUUGCAAGCAGACCAAUUCUUACCAGCAGGGGAUGCAGACUCAGCUGGUAAUACCCUCCCACGCUGGGCUGGCGCACUGGGUGCUCUGUGGGUUCAGGGGAUGGUGACAGCUGCUUUUUAGGGCUCCCCCACCCUAAAGCCCAGCUGCACUUUGCCCGGCAUGCGCUGGCUCCUCGCCCCUCCCCGGCAGGGCCGUCGCUCGUUUUUUUGUACGAAAAGCCAAAAUAAUUCCUCAGGCGGGUUUUCAUGCGAAGGGCUUUCGGUUAAAGAAAUUGGGGGUUGUGUUGCUGGAUUUUUGCUGCCUUAGCGGGGAGGAAGAGACCUGAUGGUUGGUUUGUUGUUGUUAAUUAUUUGUAUUAUGGUAGAGUCGGGAGGCCCCACGGUGCUUGGUGCUGUACAAACAUAACCGGGAUGGACCCUGCGGGUGCCUCUGUCGCAAGGAGAGACUGCAGUGCAUGUUGGGAGAUGUUGUCUGGCCAGGGAGCAGGGCCCAUGGGGGAAAUAGGGGCAUGAGACACUCCUUUCUACAAUUCCCAUGAUGCACUAUGGCAGCUGGGAGAGAGUGCAGUGCAUCAUGGGAGAUGUAGUCUGGGCAGGGAGCUUGGCCCACAGAGGAAAAUGGGGGUGGGAGCGGCUCCUAGCUGCACAAUGUGUUACGGGAGAUGUAGUCCAGCCAGGGAGCAGGGCCUGUGGGAGGAAGUAGAGGCACAAAGGGCCUCCCAACUACAGCUCCCGUUUGACGUGGGCCUAGAGUCUCCGGCCUCGCCGGAACCUGAAUUUCUAAUGUAAAAAAAAAUCAAAUUAAUAUUUUUUUUUAAAAAACUUUAAACAAAUGCACAAUAAAGCAGCAAAACUGA